AUGCCGCGUCGUAGUUCGAAUAAAAGUGAUAGCCCCGUUCCUAGGCGUCAGAGUGCACGUAUUGCUGCAGCUAGCGCGAAUAAGACACCUACGCCUUCGCCAGUCAAGAAAACCCGUCGAUCUUCAAAGAGAGCUUCGGGAAGUAAGGUGGAGAACGCUGAGGACAGAGUUGAUCAUAAUGGAACUGAGAUUAUUUACAAAGAUGCUUCACUUCCGGAACCAGUUGAAAAGAAGCAGAAACUUGAUGGUGAAACUACUGAUUUAUCCGGAAAGCAGGUCGGAAGUGCUCAGGAAUCGGGAAAAAAGGAGGAAUUAUCACCAAAGGACUGUGAGGCAUCAAAGGUGGAUUUUGAAGCCGCGCGAGAGGCUGGUUUCGAGGUUGUAGAAAAGUCGAGUGUACCUCAGUCAGAUAGUGAAGAAGUUAGAUCAGCCAUUUCUGCUCAAGGUGAAGAUGGCCAAUUGCUCGUUAAUUAUGUUCAAGUCUCGAAAGAUGAUGUUCCAGCCGCCGUUCCAGAAAAUAACACUCCUACGUCAGGGGACAAGCCCCCUGCAAAUGGUACCGACACCGUGGACCUGUGCAAGGGUGAUACAGUUGUCAUUGAACCCGCUGGCGAGCAACUCACCGCCGUAGACCCCGAGCAGAAGACCGAGGAAGUUGCAGCUGACAAACCUCCCGCAGCAGAAGGAAUAUCUCAAUAG